UCGAGUUUAUCCGCGCUACCCGUCAGUCUACUCUCGGACAGAAAGCAAAGGUGAUCGCGAGUGAAUGCUUGAAAGUGGCCAUUGCCUUGUGAUAUAUAAAAAGUGCCAAUUACCGAGUCUGUAUGCGCCGAUGUAUUAAAUAACUUGGGAGAUGCAUCUGUACUGCUUAACACUAGCCCUGUUGGUGCUCGGGUGUGUCAACGGUGAGAGCACCUCGUCAGCCGACACGUGCGACGCCUCGCCAGGACCGUGGGCUGCUUUGCUGGAGGAAUGGGCCACUCAGUCAGCGAGCGCUGCGUCAUCGAGGCACGGCCGGGUGAUGUCAAUGCCGUCGACAAAGGCCUACUACGUGAUAGACCGCAUCGAUGGGCAGCUGAUACCUCCGCCGCCGCCCCCGGGCUCCGUUCACCACAAGUACCAGCCGGGGCCCUCACCGCCGCACUACUACGAAGAGUGGCAGGAGUCGCCGCCGCCGCCGCCGGCUGGCGGGAAAAUUGUCAACCGGCCGACGAAUCCUCAUAAGGAUAUGUUCAAACCAAGUUACGAGUAUCCUCUGCCAUCCAUCAACCAGCCGAUCCCGGUCCCUCCGCCCCCGCCGCCGGCGCCGCCUCGCCCGCAGCGGCCGGCCGUCGACCGCGUGGACGAGCAACCUUCGAAGCCUCACAAACACGUCACUGAAACGGACCUGUACCUACUCACCGCCAUAGAGAAACUGGUGUACCGCGUAGACCUCAUGGAGAAACGGCUCAGGAAGAUGGAGGAGACCAUGCACUACUUGGUCGCGGGGAAGGAUGCUACACCAGAGCCGUGCAAGGCCAACUUCACCCGCGUGGGCGGCACGUGCUACUACUUCUCGUCGGAGGCGGCCGACUGGAAGAGAGCCAACUUGCACUGCAGGAAGCUGCGCGGGAACUUGCUCGAGUUCGAUUCGGACGCUGAGCGGAAGCAAGUGCUAUCUGCUAUGUUGUCUGACAAACGUCUCAGAGGCGACGACUGGUGGACGGGCGGUCUCAACCCUGGCUUGCUUUGGAUCUGGUCGCACUCAGCGCAAGCAGUACUCGGUAACGCCACGAACAAUACAAGCAACACGGGCGGCGUGGUCGGCGAGGGUCGCUGCCUCUCGCUCACACACGACCCCGCCGCCGUCACGUACCGGUACAGGGGGCUCGACUGCGCGGAGAAGCACAGGUUCGUCUGCGAGAGAGAAGAGGACAAGGAGAGGCUCAGCAAUGAGAUAGAGAGGGUUGCUAAACAGAUCAAGUUCACCGGCCAGGGGCUGCGGAAGGCGAGGACUCUGUGGGACGACAACGGCGGAGCAGACUGA